CGACCAGUUGCUUUGCUCGCGGUGUCCGCUGAGUUUGGUUUUUCUUUUUUUGGGAGCCUGGUAGUUUGUCUGCCUGUGAUGCGGACGCUGGAAGCCGCGUGUUUGAUGAACACGGUAAAUCCUACAAGUUUCUUACUCUUUCCCCCCCUCAACCUCUACAACCUUUCUUUCGCUGGGGUCUAUUUGUCGCAUCACUUUCCCUGUCGGAACCAUGAAAAGGACAAAGCAAGUAAACAUAGCACCGCCAAGGCUCUUCUCCUGCAUCCUUCGUGCUCUUCUUUUCGCGCUCUGUGCUCAGAUUAGUUGGGCGUGUACGUUGAACACCCCAGAUCAGAUCACGAAUGGCGUCCCGUUCCAAGUGUCCUUCACGGCCUGUACGGUGGGUCCUACGGACCCUGGCACGUUCCAACUUUGGGAUCAGGAUACCAAUACGUUGUUGGUGAGCGAUCUAGUCAUCGGGUCCCCCUUCUCCGUGUACGUUGGAUCGGCCCUCAGGUUAUCACAGUCGAGUACUUACUUAUGUUGUUUUCAUGUUGCGCGGCAGUACCAUCGAGACCAGUUCUACAACGGUGUACUUCGUUCUGAUAGACGCUUCUGGGUCACAAGCAACAAGUAAAUCAUAUACACUUAACCCAAGUCCGGGUGGGAGUUCAUUGCCAGGUUCGCCCUCUGUACGCCCUCUUAUGUGACCAUAGAACUUGGUCCACGUAUUGAUCCUCCUCCCAUUAGAGUACUCCCGUGACCUCGACCACUUCCGUGUACAGCGUGCGUACCAAGUUCCGCGGUCCUAUGGCAACAUUUUUA